AUGUCUUCUUCACCCACGACCACGACCGCGCCUCCAGCCUCAUCCCAGUCUAUAUCCGUCCGCCACUUAUUUGGCCUACGUGAGGCAUUAUGGACAUCCGCAAACCUGAGCUCGCCGCAACGCGUAUGGGCACUAUUACACCCCGAACUCGAACGGGGCGCAUUGACGCAACAUGACUUUCUUGUGGCGCAUUCGUCCGAGGAUUUACACUCGUCGGCCAAUCUUCCUUUCAAAGGUCUAGCUGGAGGUGCUGGAGCAGCAGCUAUACUCCUAGGAACUGCGCAUCUCGUAGCACGGCGUCUACGCGUCCCCGGUCUUCUGACAGGCGUGAUGCGUCAAGCGCCUCUAGCUCUGCCCUUCAUCGUCUUCGCACCGGUAUCUCUCGGCUAUACCCUAGGCGGGAUGGCGCAAGCUUCCCGACAAGAAGCAUUCUGCAGCAGUCUGGACGACCGAGCUGCAUUCGCGCGCGCUCUAAAUGAGGCCGCGGACCGGGAGCCCGGAUGGAUUGGCGCGGAUGUGUUUGGAGAGAAGAGGAUACAGGCUUGGUCUACACGUUUGACGUCUCACGGGCAAGCGGGGACGCUCGCGCCUAGGAAGGAAGAGCUGGAAACGUUCGUGCGGUCACAGGAGGAGGAACAGCUGGCAUCUCUACGGGAUACCCCUGCCACAUCGCGAAAUGUCGAUACCGACAUGGUGAUGGUGGACAAGUUCGAAGCGGGCUCUACACCCGUACCCAGUACAUCGACUAGGAGGGCAUGGUGGAAGUUAUGGUAG